UCUCCAGAUCUGUCAGGAAAGAUGUUCACCUUCCCAGCGGAAACAAACUCCGAUCAUGUGAAGUUGAUCACCACGAAACAGAAUUUCGGUGCUGUAACCCUCUGUCACAGAUCCAUUACAGACCUCAAAAGAGACCACUCCCUGUUCUCUUUGGCCACGCCCUCUAGUGCUAACAACUUCCUGAUUUUCUGGGAUGAAGGCAAACAGGAGGUUGCGCCCAAUAUUGGGGAUAAAAGGGUAGGGUUUGGAGGUUUCGACUACAAACCAAACACCUGGCACUCCAUCUGCAGCACAUGGGACUCUAAGUCUGGGGUGAUGCAGGUGUGGGUCGAUGGACAACCUUCCAUUCGGAGAUUUAUCAGCUCUGGAUCAAACAUCAGUGGACAACCUUCGAUUAUUUUAGGACAGGAACAAGAUUCUCACGGCAGUAGGUUUGACACUAAACAGUCUUUUGUUGGCAUGAUGUCUGAUGUCCACAUGUGGGACUACACCCUGUCCUCCUGCGAAAUCCAGAACUACAUGAACAGCCAGAGCUUCACUCCAGGGAAUGUGCUGAACUGGAGGGCGCUGGACUACAAAAUCGUUGGCAACGUGCUCACAGAAAACAAAGACAUAAUUUGUGUCUAAAUUUCCAAAAUGACGGCGGCGUAAGUGUCA